UAUAAUAAUACUUGUACAAUACUAAUGCACGUCUGCUUAUGUAUUUUUGGUGUACCUGGCUGUCGCUAGUUUCUUAUCUUAGUUUCUUACGCGAUCUGUGAAUACAUGUGUGCACCACGAGUUGAGUUGAGUUGUAUGCUAUUAUACCUGUUCUUUCACAUGGAUAUUUAAAUAUAAACAUACAUAUGUGUGAAUAACUUGCUGACCUUGGAUUGCUAAUACAGCCGACCUGACGACCAACCUUCGUCGCUGUCAAUCGACAUCCGUUCAUCAUGGUUCUGGAUGACUUCACGCGCGUGCUGCUGGGGCAACUUCCGGCGGAAGAGUUCGUUUCCCCUUUCAACGCAUCGAUUAUGUAUUUCAUUAUUACGAUGCUAAUGGGCUGGACACUUCGUGCAAUAAACCACACAAUUACUCCAGAGCCUCUCAAAUCGUACGUCGGAAGCUUCCUAGCGACUCUCGAAAUGUGCGCGUACUUUUUCGAGAACAACUUUAUAUUUAAGAAUUUCGGAAGUGUUUGGCUAUUUAUUGCGGUUAUUAUUCAGUGUUUCAUAGCCAACAGGACCUAUUUCGGAAAUUCCGAAAAUCCCUGUCAUGCGUUUACGCAGUUGUUAGAGAAAAAGAUCUCGAUCACUGAGGGGCUCAUAAGGAUUGGUGUGCAGACGCUUGCAGGCCUGGCGUCGUACCGGUUUGCACGGACGUUGUGGUCACUCGACAUGGUGCCUGAUCACAGGGAACGAUAUCUAGAGACGGCGUGCGCCUCAGAUCUGAACGUAACGUUUCUUGUUGGUUUUCUGAUCGAGAUGGGGGCCACUUCCGUAGACACUUGGAUGGGCCGUCAGACGCUUCUGCAGAGAUCCGUCGUUGACGAGUUGAUCAAACUCGCUACUGGGUCCCUGAUGAUCGUUCUUGGGAUCAACAUGACUGGCAUGUACUUCAACCCGGCAAUGGCUUCCGGGCACACUUACGGUUGCUAUGGUAACGACGCUUGGGAGCAUUUCUUCGUUUACUGGGCCGGGCCGUUCGUAGGUUGUUACGUUGCCGUUGCGAUUGACAAAAUGGUUCAUAUUGACGUUGUCGAGAUGGCGAAGGAUCGCAAAAAGAAGGCGUCGUAGACGUUGGUGUUACGUUGACGCUGACGUUAAUUCGGCGUUCAUGGCAUUGCGAUUGUUUUAAACAUGGCUAUUUUGCAAAAGAAAUCCCAUGAAAGGCUCAAAGUAGAUUUUAUACAUGCUGUUAAAGCAGUGAUCAUUCUGUGUCUAAUAAUAAAUAACGUGUGUUACUUAACGAAAACGACGUAGUUACACUUGUUACGUAAAGCAGCCGUUGUUGGAUGAAGCCGUUUGAGGUCAAAACGUCUUUUAGUUUACUAUGGAAGUGUCCAGCGUAUAUAUACAUAUGUGAUCAUGUAAUUUUGUCGAUGUCGUUCAUGUCGAUUUGAUGAAUUAAAACACGAUACGUUGUCAAACUUAUGGCGACUUAUUCACUAAUAAACUGAAUAUAUUGGCAAAAGUUUUGCGUUCAAAUGUGGUUUAAUUAACACGUAUUUUCUACUUUACUAAAAUGAAAUCGACAUAUCAUGUGCAUAUGUUUCUGUCAAAACAUAGAUCGACAUAACUUUGGCAACAUGUUGUAUUAUAACUCGUAGAGUCGGCGUACAUUCAUUCUCGUUCACCAAAGUGAUGAUACUAUGCGUACCACAGAGAGCAAAAUUUAACAUUAUCAAACCUCUGAUGAAUUAGAAUGGCAUACAUUAUGUCAACAAAACUACUUGAUCACAUCAUCAGUAUAUACGGUAUGCGCUUCCAUAGUUAACAAACUUAUAGCUGUAUGUUGAAAAACCAAAUUUACCUAAUAGUUUACUAGAUAUUUUCAUUCCUGGGAUGUUACCCACAAUCCUCAGUAUUCCUUGAACGUAGAUAUAGUCCAUAUGUCUGUAUGUUUUAGCAUAACGAAUGUAUAGGCGUCCCUGCAACGUUUCUUGUACGUGUUCGUGUUAUGAACUGUCAAUUUUGGAUAUUGUCAGAAGUCCUUUGCCGGCUUAAACGUAGGUUAUUCGAAAUAAAACCAAAGUAAUGCACCAGUCAAUUUUAAGCACGGCCCCCAGGUCCGGGGGUAUACCGGGAAUAGCCGGGGAAAUGGGCCGUGUUUUUACCUUUCAGGUGGCCCCGCAGUGCCGGGUGAAUGCGGUGGUUUUGUCUUCGCUUUAAAUAUAGCUGGGAAUGGGCCUUACCUAGGGUCCCUGGGGUGCGGGGGCAUUUGGCGGGGAUUUUACCAAAUGUUCGUCCCCGCAGGGCGGGGAUUUUAGCCGGGGUUGGCUGGACCGAAAGUCAAAGUCCCCGCUAUUCCCCGGACCUGGGGGGUGGCUACAAUUGACUGGUGCAUAACUAUACUGGGUGUACGCUAUGUGGAAGCGUAUAUCGUAUAUGCUGAUAAUGUGACAAUACAGUAUUGUCGGCUUAAACGUAGCUUAUCCGCAAUUUUAUUUUGUCCUUCUACCGCUACGCUUAUUCCACCCGUUCUUAAUCAUAAAGAUAUUACUUCAUGUCAUCUAACUAUUAUAUAUACGAUAUACGCUUCCAUAAAAAGAUCAUGACAAUGACAUGAACUCACAAUUCUAUAAACUGAUAGUAUGUUUUACAGAAAGUGCAAUUUCAAAUGGCAGUGUUAUGUCAGUAGAAUAUAGACUAAUAAGUUUUUAUAUGUUACUUGUUAAUUGUUGAUUCCAGCAUUAUUCACAAUUCCUGAUUGUUUCAUAUGGGCACAAUAUAGGUUACACUUGAUAACUGCAUUUUUUUUAAUUUGAAUUCAUUUUUAAGUUUACUGGAUCAUAAACGAAGUUAACAUAAUAAUGCAUUAAAGCUGCCCUCUCACAGAUUGAACGUUUUAACGCUUUUUUUUUUAAUUUUUUGUCUUGAAAUGAGCCAAUUUUUGCGAAAAUACAUGGAAACCAGUUAUAUAAAACUGCUGACAAAAAAUUAGAUCGCAGGUUUUAUUUAAGUUCAAAUCUUUAUGUUUUAUGCAUUUUUCUUAAACCGUUAGUAACUGUUUAAGCCAUAAAACCUUAAUUUUCGAACGGAAAUAUGAAAAUCUGAGAUCUGAUUUUUUGUCAGCAAUCUUUUAUCAUUGUUUUGCAGAUAUUUACGCAACAAUUUACUCUUUCCAAUACAAAAAUUAAAAAAAAGUUGUAAAAACGGUAUAUCUGUGAGAGUGCAGCUUUAAAAUAAAAUGAAAAUGCACGUAUCAAGCGUUAAUCUGUAUUGUGCCCAUUUAGAAUGUAUCCUGUUAAUUGUUGAUUCCAGCAUUAUGCACAACUCCUGUUUGUUUUAAUAAACGUUCAAAAUUUUUAAAAAAAUAGUUUAAGUGAAUAUUUUUUGUAAAUGUUUUUGAACUCAGAUUCUACAGGAAGGCGUUUUGCUUUGAUACGUGGUACAGGAAUGUUAAGCAUAAUUUGAAUUUGUGCACAUGGGGUAUG